CGCUAUAUUUGGAUGUUGCGUUACUGAGUAUUAGUGCAUUUUCUUAACAAGCUCGUUAUGUACUAUCGUUAUUUGCAAAAUAAUUUAAAUGGAUGGAACUAAAACCAUAAAGCGGAGAACGCAUGACUAUGAAUUCAACGAAAAUAGUCAGUUCAAACGAAAAUUUCCAAAUGGAACUUAUGGUGAAUCAAGACUUGUUGAGAAUAUACAAAAUAAUAAUAAUAAUAAUAAUAACAAUAGCAGUGGAAGACGUUUUUUGUCUAGUCCACAAAAUGGACACAGCAAAGAAAAGCUUCCUAAUUGCACUAUUGGACGUACAACAGCUGCUGAAAUCCAUUCUUCACUACCGUCACUGCCUCCUAGCUUGAGAGAAUCGGAACGUAUGUUGCAUGUUCAACGUUGGAUAAAUAGUAUCCCACCUGAUUUACCAUCCUGGAUACAAGUAUCACAUAAUAAAAUAAUCCCGGUUACUAAUCCACAUGAAUCUUAUGCUGAAGUAGAAGAUUCAAUCAUAUCUGAAAUUCCAGAUACAUCAGAUCUCGCUUCUAAUCAUGAUAUUUUAGACUGUAAUCCUGGUUGUAAUUUGAAUUCUGUCAAUCAAAAUAUGGAUUAUUAUUCUAAACAACCAAAUAAUCAUUCAUCUAAUCCUUCUACACAAAAAUCAUUAUCUAAAAUUCCUGGCGUUUCAGUUGCUCCUCCUUUACAACCACCUCCAUUUCCACCGUUACCACCACCGCCUAUGCCUCCUCCGACACAUUCACAAUCAUCUCUUCCACUUCAAUUGCAUUCAUCUGUUCAACAUGGGCAUAGCAGUAAUAAUAAUAAUAACACUUCUUUAGGUAUAAUUCCUUCAAAAUUUUCUACGAUACCAAGUGGUAGUACAGUUAACUCUCAUCAAAAUCUACUUACUCCUAUACAGUCAAAUCAGAAUAUGAACCUGUCGAAUCAUCCUCAUCAACAUCCGCAUCAAUAUUGUAUGAAUAAUGAUCAUAAUCAAUUGAAUUAUUCAUCUAGAGAUACAUUACUAAGUCAUCAUAUUGAUUGUGAACCAAAUCAUACUAAUAAUAGUAUUCACAAUAGUCAAAAACAUCCUAUUGGCGAUUCCAUGAAUUCAGGUGGACGAUUAUUCAAUGAUAUGGAAAUUCAAAUGAUAGUUAAGCUGUUCCAAGAUUAUUUCACCAAAGGUAGUUGUCCAAUGCUUAAAGAAGUUCGACGUCGUAUUAUGAACAAUUUUCUAGAAUCUAGACGAACACCUGUAGGAAUACGUGCAAAAAUUAAACGUCUUCAAAAAAGUGGACAAUGGACAGAUUACAUUACUACCUGACAAGAAACAAUUUAUCAAAUCAAUCUUGUUUAUUUAUAUGCAUAUAUAUAUCCUCUGAAAUUUUGGUAUUUCAUUAUUACCUCAUCCAUCAGCUGCUUCUGAUUAUAUCAGUGAAUAAUAGUUAUAACAUAGAGGGAUGUAUAAUUACUUUUUUCUUUCCUAUAAUCUUAUAUAAUUGGGCUUCCUUCAACUGUCCUUCUCCUCUCUUCGAUUCACUUCAUUUUCAUCAAAAAGUCAUUUUCAUCCUAUUUUUUUAUCACAACCAACUGACUAGUCACUUUAUACACCAUACAUGCAUAUAUUGUAUGAUAGUACAGUAACAAUCUGAUUAUAUAAAAUCAAACAAUACUCAUUCUCCAUACCAACAUACGCAAUCCGGUCAUUAAAUUUCUUUUCUUGGAUCGUAGUAGACUCGCCUUUAUGUUUGUGUUGUACAUACGCAUACUUACAUGUAUGUAUCCAUAUAUAUAUAUAUAUAUAUAUAUAUAUAUAUAUAUAUACACAUAAAACUGUAUACACAACUAAUAGGUAUCUACCUCGUUGUUUGUUUCAUUCAGAAAUUCUGUUGUACUCUGCUUGUUUCGUGUUUACUUUUUUUUCGUCAUAGAUACAGUUAUACUUGUUGGUUAUUUAUGUUCAUUGGAUUGUUUGCGUUGUCUUUUGUAAUCAAUUCGUUUAAAUUAUCAGUAAUCAAUUAAAAAGUUGCUUUUCAUUAGUUACAUCAUAUUUUAUUUUCAAAUAUUUUUAUCGGUGUUUAGGGGUGUUUAGACCUUUAAAAUGUUUCUAUUUUUCUUGUCAACCGUCU